AGUAGCAAACUAUUUUGGGACCUUUGUUUCUCUUUUCUUUGUCCUUUCUUUCCUUUUUCUUUUAGUUUUCCUUUUUAUUAUUAUUAUUAUUAUUAUUGACUAUGUAUAUUACUUUUUCAAUUGGGACUAUUAUUACCACGUUAAUAGCAGCAACAUCGUUAACUACUUCCGUAUCCGCACAACAAGCAUGUAACGGUUAUAGUCAAUUAUGCUCGGUACCUUAUCACCAAGUUACCACCAUUGUCACUCACAAUUCAUACUCAUACAUGGCUAAUCCAGCAGCAAACCAAGCUUGUUCAGUAACAACUCAAUUAGACGAUGGUGUAAGAGGACUCAAACUAUCUGCGGUAUUACCUUCUAAUACAACUGCUUCUGAUCCUGCUAACAACAUUCAUUUAUGUCAUACGUCUUGUACUAUUUUGGACGCUGGACCUGCCAAGGAUACACUCAGUCAAGUAGUGUCAUGGUUAAAGAAUAAUCCUAAUGAAGUAAUCACCAUCAUGUGGAAUACACCCAACAACAAGGCAUUUCAACCUUCCGAUUUCAAUGCUAUCUAUCAAGCUGCUGGGAUGUUGGAUUAUGUUUAUACACAACCUUCUGGUAAUAAUACUUGGCCUACUUUACAAGAAAUGAUUAGUUCUGGCAAGCGAGUAGUGACAUUCACAGAUCUUGGUGCUGAUCAAUCUCAAGUACCUUGGUUGUUAUCAGAAUUCGAUUAUGUAUUUGAAACCCCAUACAACAACAAUAAUGACACCUCAUUUACAUGUACUAUUGACCGACCAGCCGAUCCUUCCAAUCCUCAAAGUAUGAUGUAUGUGAUGAAUCAUUUCCUUUAUGGUAGUCUCAAUCUUGGAGGCACAGCAAUCGAAAUCCCACAAAAAGGAAAAGCAAAUAGUACAAAUUCACAAUCUCUCUCCAAUCAAGCUCAACAAUGUAAAUCCACCUUUGGUCGAGCUCCUACAUUUUUAGAAGUGGAUUUCUACAACUAUGGCAACACUUUGCAAAUUGCAGCUCAACUCAACAAUGUUACUUAUACUGCAACAUCUCUCAAAUGUAAUCAAGCAACACAAUCAACAGGCAAUGGAGGUUCCAAUGGACAAUCAGCGGGUUCUACUUUGACGGUACCGAUCUUUUCUUCCUCUAUCCUAUUAGCCAUUGCUGCUAUACUUUUAUUUUAGACUGAACUUUCUGCUUUUAGAGUAUUGUUGAUUGUUUAUUAUUAUUAUUAGUUUAGUUUUCUUUUUUUUUU